AUGAAGUCUACUAAUAUGUUUAGAGCUUCUGGGAAACUGGCACUGCAGCUGUCACGUCACCGUUACGUAUCUACCAAGACUAUUACUGUUGGUUUAAUUCCUGGCGAUGGCGUUGGAAAAGAGGUAAUGCCUUCAGGGAAGCAGGUAUUACAACGUAUCGGUAGUAAACAUGGUAUUAACUUCGAAUUUAUCGAUUUAAAGGCAGGCUGGGAGACGUUUUUAGAGACCGGCACUGCGUUACCCAUUGAAACAGUAGACAUACUGCAAAAUAAAUGUCAAGCAGCUUUAUUUGGAGCUGUUCAGUCUCCUACCACUAAGGUUGAGGGUUACAGCUCACCAAUUGUCGCAUUACGGAAGAGUAUGGAUUUUUUUGCCAACAUCAGACCUGUGAAAUCGAUAAAAGGUGUCGAUAGUAGAUCCGUCGAUUUAGUGAUAGUCAGAGAAAACACUGAAGAUCUCUAUAUUAAAAAGGAGUGCACUUACAUUGAUCCAGAAACUGGGACUAAGGUUGCUGAGGCAGUUAAAAAAAUAUCAGAAGUUGCUACCAGAAGAAUUGCGCAAGCUGCCUUAGACAUAUGUUUAAAAAGGGAAAAGCAGUAUGGUUCCGCUACUCUGACCGUUACUCAUAAAUCUAAUGUUUUAUCCGAGUCUGACGGACUAUUCAGAGAGGUCUGUAAAUCGGUUUACGAUUCUCAAAAGGAGCUGUAUGGAAAUAUUAAACAUAAUGAACAGAUAAUUGAUUCUAUGGUUUACAAAUUGUUUAAACAGCCUGAAAGCUUUGAUGUUGUUGUAGCGCCAAACUUGUACGGAGAUAUUCUAUCAGAUGGUGCUGCUGCCCUUGUUGGAUCCUUGGGACUGGUUCCUAGUGUUAAUUUGGGCCCAAAGUGUGUAAUGGGAGAGCCCUGCCACGGGUCUGCUCCAGACAUUGCAGGACAAGGUAUUGCAAACCCUAUCGCCAUGAUUCGGUCCGCAGCAUUAAUGUUAAACUGCAUGGGAUAUUCAGAAGCUGCAAAAGAGAUAGAUGAAGCUGUUGACGCGAAUUUGAAAGAGAAUAAGAUUAAAACACCAGAUUUAUCUGGAACCAGUACAACCAUAGAGGUCACAGAAGAUAUUCUUUCCAGGAUCUAG